AUGACGGAGGGUGGCUUUCAUUGCAUUAUGCGGCCAAUCAUUGUUCCUGUUCAGUUUCUGGGAAUGUUCCCAAUUUUUGGAGCAGCAUGACCAUCUUCAUCAGCGUUAAAUUUUCGGUGGACGUCAUGUAGAACGGCUUGGAGUGGCUUCAUUGUGUGCUGCUCCCUUCUUAUGGCAACGGCUGAGAUGCGUCGUGUCGCCCGCACUGGUAUCAACUUCUCCAACAUUAUUGGGACGUACUUUUUCGUUGAUACAGCAAUAAUCGUUUGCUUGACGGUGUUGAUGGCUUCGGGUUGGAGAAGGUUUCUUCACGAGGUUGAGAAGCUGGAGCUUAUAUGGACCAGAUGGCCUUACAAUUUGCGAAGAGAUAAUCUGAAGCUAAAUUGCUGGAUUUUAACCAUGCUUUGGAUGUUUUUUGCAACCGUGGAACACUGUUUGGCGUCGUCUGUUCAAGUCUACAUUCAGUAUCAAGAGUCACUUCGUUGUAAUUGGAUAUACUCCAAUGCCAUGAAAAAUUAUGCUCAUCGAAACUACGCGUACAUCUUCAACUGGAUGCCUUACAAUGUGCCGGUUUUGUUUUUCGUCCGAUACGUAACCUAUUCGGUAACGAUGGCAUGGACGUAUCAGGAUAUUUUGAUCAUGGUUAUCAGUGCGUAUGUAUUGACACGCUAUAGGCAGUUCUUCUGGCGCAUUGAAGUUGCUUGUAACGGAACGGUGCUUCCUACUGAAUCUUUUUGGGUGGAGAUCCGAGAGCACUACGUGAUCAUCAGUGAGUUCCUGGUUCAUGUGGAUAAGAUGUACUCGCCAUUGGUCCUGAGUUCCUGCUGUAACAAUGUCUUUUUGAUAUGUUACCUACUCUUGCACAGCUUGAAACCACACGCAUACGCCAUAUCGUUUGUCUAUUUCUGGUACACACUUUGCUUCCUAAUUGGCCGUACCUUGACGACACUUUGGAUAGCAGCCGAGCUGAAUCGAGAAAAAAGAUCUGCCCUCCGGGUGGUUCAACGCAUUUCCAGUGAUGGUUGGUGCACCGAGCUCGAACGGUACUAUCUGCUACUGAGAGCGGAAGUCGGAGCACUUUCCGGAAGCCGGUUUUUCUAUCUGACUCAUCAGACAACGUUUACGAUUGUAGCAGUAAUCUUCACCUACGAGCUAGUCAUGAUUAAGUACUCCAGGAUGACUGCAGCUGACGUGGGCAUUCCGGAAAACUGCUCGGCCAUGGCAUUUUCACAAGAUUAGGUGGAUUUUCACAAUGAGCGUCGUAAAUGUUCUCGUAUUAUUUGAUUCUAUGUUACAAAGUCAUCAAG